CAGCAACUGCUCAUUUUUUUGAUCAACCAUUUUCGGCCAACAUGGCCGAGUCGCGGGCCGUUCUUCGACAGACAGAAAUCAGAUGGAUUUUAGUCGCUUCGAUAACUGUAGCUGUUAAGGUUGUGGCGUUAGUGCUGCUCAACACAAUUCGUGUUGAACGUUUAAUACUGUUCGUGAACAGCUAGCUAAAACGAUUGUGAAGUGAUAAAUGUCUUGACAUGAAUAUUUUGAUUAUUCGCUAUCAAAUUUUGCAUCGAACAUUUUGUCUGGGGUUCGAUUGAAUUUCAUUCGUGAACGGAUAGUUUUCUUAAGUGUCGUCUUCAUCUACUAAGAUCUCCUAUUGUUACAACGGUCGCACAAACACUGGAAAAAAAUGGAAUCAAUUAAUUUUUUGCCGAUUACUCUUAUUAGUGUACAAUAUAUCAAAGAAAUAAUUUCGGUUCACUUUUCAAAUUUAUUACAAGAAAAGGCAGUUAAUUUGGGAAUUGAUAUGAGUAAAGUCAAAGCAAAAACAAUUCAGGCAAAGAGGCAACCAACUAUACUCACAGCAAAAGAUAUUUUUGAAUGGUACAAUGAUACUGUUGUUUCAACAUGUUCUAUUUGCGGAAAUGUAGUACCUCGGGUUUAUGAAAAAGGAUUAUUAUUCCUAUGUCAUCCAUGCUAUAACCAACGUUUAGAAGAAGACAUGUUUCCUAGUUGGCUUUUCAAACUGGAUUCACCUUUUAAUGUACUCCCAAUAAAACCCAACCUAGAAACAGGAAAUUUAUUCUACAUCGUAAGAAAAAGCUCACCUUGGGAAGUAAUAGAUAAUGCUUUGGGUCCCGCACUACAUGAAAAAGCUUUACCCGAAAUUGAGAAGAUUUUCAAGAAUACAUUAAACCUAAAACAUUGGGGAUUAUUUCAAUCUGGUUGCUCUCAAAUGGUCGGAUUCAAGGAUGCUACAUCACCAGCUCAUCAUGUUAAAGGAAUGACACCGAACAUGCCUUAUGUUUCCAUGUUGUUUCAAUUAAUUAGAGCAGUGGAAGUAGACAAAACUGGAUUUUUCUUUUUGAUAUUUAAUCACGAAGAUCAAUUACCAUGUAAACCUGUGGAUUUGGAAUUUCUAUUAAAUUUUCUCAAGAUGAUUGGCAUUAAUUUGAAAAAAUUUAUUUUUCUACGAAUUAAUCUGAAAGAUCCAAAACUCAAUUACAACUUUGACGGCGCUCAACUUUCUGCAGCAAUUUCUAGAAGAAUUAAUCCAUAUGAUGAUAACACUGCGCUACACAAAUUCUUACUGAUUCUUGCGAAAAGCUAUAAAGCGAGAGUUGAACCUUAUAUCACAGAAAAACAUCACAGAAAUUUUGUUCCAGAAUCACUACGUCACUUACAUCCAUUAUCGAGGGUCGAAGAGAAUGUGUUGGACUUGAACUUUGAAUGUCCUUUUUGUGGAUGUUUUACAACUGAAGUUGUAUUGGAUAACCACAUUAAUAACGAUUGUUCUGGUGUAGUGCAUGACUAGAUUAUUGAAAGUUCCAUUUCCUUGGCUCAGUUGGCUGUUUGCCUAUUUCAUAUUAGUAGUAGAAGUUGUGUUCUAUUGUAACAAUUUUACAGACAACUAGCACACCAAAGGAAGUUUCU